AUGGCGCCGAUUAAUCCCGAUCUUCAGAAUGUCCAAGAGGACAUCAAGAACGUAAUCCAAGACCUGUACCAGGUCAUGGUCCAGGUCUCCAAUUAUGAUGGCGCCGGCCGCCCAACCCGCGAUGUUCUCUCCCAAGACAUUCAAACCCUCGACGCAAGCCUCCUCACCCUCUACCGCGACGCCCAACGCCUCCCCACCCUCCCCCCCAGCACCUCUCCCUCUACUACAGCACCCGAAACCAACCCCUCCUACGCGGCGGCGGCCGCCCCCAAAUCCGCCGACCGCGCCGUGCCCGAACCGCUGAUCCAAUACGUCGAGAACGGCCGCAACCCAGAUAUCUACACGCGCGAGUUUGCCGAGCUAGUGCGCCGCAUGAACCAGCUGGCGCGGGGGAAGACACAUGCGUUUCGCGAUUUUCGGGACGUGCUGGCGCGCGAGAUGAUGGGGGCGUUGCCGGAGUUGAGGGAGGAUGUGGAGGCUGUGGUGAGGGCUACUGGGGGGGUGACGACGGAGGUUGGGGUCGCGGAGGCUGGGGCUGGGGAGCAGGGAGGGACUUCGGGGCAGCAGCAACAACAGCAACAGCAACAGCAAUAG